AUGGACGAAGCCAGUUUUGCAGUGGAGAAAAUCCCAACAGAUAUCCAGUUACUGCUCUGUCAGCUGGUUCUGGAUGCGAAAUCAGACACCACAUGGGCAGAUAUCGUUGAAAGGAUCAAUAGCCAUCCGAUAGUUACCAGACUACAUCGUUCGGAUUAUGCUGGUAAUCAAAUUGCCGACUCAAAUGUUGCGAAUUUCGUCUCAAAAGUCAUCAUUCACACUUUGAAGCAAGAAGGCACAAUGAGGCCCCGUGGCCGUAAGAAGACGAAAAUAAUGGAUAACGAUGAUGGCAUUGAUAAUGAGAAAUGCACUGACAUUUGCUAUUACCAAAUUCCGGAGGGAACUGAAGACAACUCGAAAAACACUGGAAAUGGAAGACAUCUCUUGCAAAAGGCAAUAUCCAUUCUACAUCAACGCCGAAUAGAUGAGAUCCAUCAGCAGUUAAGCCACCAUAAGAAAGCAUUUGCGAAGCUCUUGAGAGAGGCAGAAAGUAUUGGUUAA